AUGAUUCAUUAUAACUCUAUUCACUCCCCCUAUUUUGACACAAAUGCUGCCGUACAUAGGAACUUGCAUAUUUCCUUAUCUCGCUUAAGAUACUUGAAGGUGACAAUGCAAGAAUAUUUGAAGCUGACAGUACAAGAUAAUUCAGAUGAUUCAAUUGAUGAUUCAGAUAAUGAUACUGAUUUCGAGAUUGAAAUUUUUGUUAACACAUCAAUACCUGUGUUUUUGGUGGGUUUCAACAUUGGUUCACGGGAGGCUGCUCAAUUGGUUGCGUUGGAUAUUGGUAGUAAUCUGCUUUGGAAAUAUUUGGGUGAAGUCGUUGUCCGUGAAAAUCUUGCAUUUGAAAGAUUUAUUUUCGGUUCAUCAUUUGACAACCAACCAGCGCAUGAGUUCAAUCCGUUAUUUGGAUGUACUAGAAAAAAUAACUACAUAGACAAGUUCAAUCGUGUCUUGGGGCUUGGUCCUUCAGGAAUCUCAUUAGCUUCACAACUGGAUAGUAGUGAGUUCUCAUAUUGUAUUGGAAAUUUAAGCGAUCCAUUUGAUGAAAAAAAUAUACUGAUCAUAGGGAUAAAGUCCGGAGGAGUUGAAGACUCAACUCCUCUUAUUUUUAGGGAGUUCCAUUACUACGUAAAUCUUGAAGGCAUUAGCUUUGGGGGUAGGAUGCUCGGCAUUGACAAAAAGGAUUUGAGAAUGGAUAAUUUUAAAUGUGGUGUGGGUGCAAUUAUUGAUCUAGGUUCAAGUUUGAGUUUCCUUUGA